AUGGAGACUUUUUAGAAUAUUACAAAGAGCCCAGGUGUAACCUAUUAACUGUUUAUUAAAAAAACUUAAAUCAGAGACAAUAAUUACAAAAAAGCAGGUUGUCCUAUUUAUGUGAGCAAGAUGAACCUUUAAUAAUCACCAAGAUUAAAUUGCCAAUUAAAAUCUUAAAUUACUGGUGACAAAAAAUAUAAAAUAAGAUCUAAUUCUUUAAAAUAUGAUUACAACAACACAUAUCGACAAACAUAGACAAAAUGCCUAAUCAAUUAAUAAUAAAUCAACUAAGUUCCAUAAAAAAGAAGGAUUGAAUCUAUGGAAUAAUCAAUAUAUUAGGGAAAACAAUAUAAACAUUAUACAUAACAUCAAAAAGAAUUUAACAUAGUUUUACCAUAAUAAUUGUUACAAAAACAAAAAUAAAACCCGAAAAUUGUUUAAACUUAAGCAAUAACUGAGCCUUCUUUGAUUGAAGCCUUACAACCAUGGGAAUCAUAUAAUAAUUCUUUAGCUUACUAUUAAUGA